AUGGACGACGACGACGACUUCACCUUCCCCACCGUUGCCGCCGCCGCCGCGCGGGGGACAACGGCGCCAGAAAGGCAGCUCGUCCGCGACGACGACACGGCGGUGCCGCACCUGCUCCAGCUCCCUGCGCUUCCCAACCUCGCCGCGGCCUCCCCUCUGUGGCCGUUCACGGGCUCCGUUCCCAAGACGACGACGACCACGGCGCCGCCGUCGUCCCCGACCGUGACGGCGGACGACGAACAAGAGCGCAGCGCCGUGGCAGAGGAGGAGGACCAUCGUGUCGCCGCUGACGAGGACAGGAUGGAUCGGCUAUGGGAAGCUACAAUCACCACCACCACCAGCACCAGGUCCAUCGCGACAGCGCCGGCGCCGGAGUCAAGGAGCGUCGCCGGCCACGCGGGGCAGCCGCCGCCACCGAAGCAGCGCGCCGCGGCGGCCGCUGACGUGGACGACGACAAGCAGCGCGCCGCGGCGCUGGCCGACGCGGAGCGGAUGGACAAGCUGUGGGAGAGCUUCAACGAGGACCUCGUCCUGCGGCACCGGGACCGAGGCCGCCGCUCCAAGUCCGCCGCCGGCAUCAACAUCAAGGUGUCGCGAGCAGCAGCGGGAGGUCCGGACGACGACCCGGCCGACGACGACCGCUGGUACCUCUGCAACUACUCGCCGCCGUCGUCGGGCGCCGCCGACGACGAGUCGUCCGACCAGGAGACGUCGGCGUCGUCCCCCGCGGAGCAGCGGCGCGGGUACGGGUGCGCGCCCACGAUGCUGCGCGCGUCGUCGCGCGCCGGCGGGGCGGGCCAGUUCUGCGGCGCCGCCCGCCGCAGACGGCGCGGCCACGGGGCGGCGGCCGGGUGGGCCCUCCUGCUCAGGCUGUUCCGGAGGCUCUUCGCCGUCGACAAGACGGCGCCGUCGUCGUCCCGCAGCCACAGCAGCCUCUACGUGCCAUGA